GACACUGUAUACGUCACUAACAGGAACUUGCCAUUUCCUGGUUGUACUUAUCGAAACCACUUAUGCUUACAACAAAAUGCUCAAGUGAAGUUGCUGUUAUCUCCAUUGAAACGACGAGACGGUUUAAUUAUAGUGUGCUAGUACGUUUUUAUAGUGUAAGCCGACAACGAAAAUGCAAUUUCAAGGAGUCAUGAGGAUUCUUUUACCGAUGUUGUGGGCUAUUUCAACCUUCGCAGACGAAAAAACGAAGUCGCCAACAACAACAGGCAUUACUGCUACUGGCAUCACCAAGCAUGUCACGAAUUCGAGUGCCAGUAACACGACGUCCAAGAACAAUCAUAGCAAAAUUUUCAACUCUUUCGAGGUAGAUAGUUCAAUGAUACAAAGGGCCUUGUACGUCCUUAUUGGAGUCACCACCAUUGGCGUGUUCUAUUUCCUCGUGAGAGCUGUGCGGCUGAAGAAAAGAACAACCUCUAAGAAGAAGUAUGGGCUGUUGUCAAACUAUGAUGACAGUGUUGAGAUGGCUGUGCUGGAGAGUGAUGAGGAGGAUGACACUGUAUAUGAGGCCAGGUCCCUGAGAAGAUGAGUCUGGAUCUUUUCAAAUAACACACAUUGGACUGGGGAAAGAAUGGAGACAUUCCUAAGAUGCAUUUUUCAACUGUUAUUAAGGCAUAUUUUUCUUUUUCUCUUGGACCUGAAAAAAGGAAAACUGGCUUUCAAAAGGACUGCUCUAUCCUCCAGUUAACACUUAUUUUGUCUAGCUGCCUGGGUAUGAAAAAUACAUGGUGUUUUUGGUGACCAAAUAAACUUACCUUUUGAUUCUAACUAUGAAGAGGAGGAAAUAGGAUUUGUAACUUAACAGGGGUCUAAUGCCAAAGUUGCUUAAGUGAAUGUGAGCAGGAUAAUUCUUCAAAUCCCCCUGUGCCCACCUUGAACUGUGCAUAACAAACAACGAAAGAUCUCUUCUAAUCAUCAACACGGAUCCUCAAUUUCCCGGUCGAUGUGGUGUUGCCAAGGUUUAGUUUCUUUGUCUCCUGACAAUAUUCUGUUGCCAUGGCAUCCUAUAUAUUUUGAUGUCUACCUUGAAUCAUACCUGGACCAUUAGUUAGGCUAGUAGCUAAUAGCCUGAUUAGUGAGUGCGCUUACAAACUACUGUAAACUAAGCUAGCCUACCAAUAUCCCCAACCCAGUUUGUACUAUGCACCCGCACAUGAAUUUUGUACUGUAGGAUGUACCUGCUCUAUUUGGUAAGCUAGACCUAAUAAGUUUGUAAUACUUUCAAGAAAUGAGUUGCUGAAAAAGCAAGACUUAAGCCAAAAAUGCUGACAAUCUUAGACAGUAUGGAAUGUGUCUAAUUAUAGCCCCAUAUUUAUGCAGGCUAAUCAAUAUGCAAUUCCACUGGCGAUUGAAAAAUCCAUCCCUUCCCCUCUGUUUAAGCUACCUGUAACUCUGUAGAAGAAGCACCUAUAAUAAUUUGUUAGGCCUACUCAUAUCAGUUCAACUGUAAUUUCAGGUUUUGGUUACCAGUAUUUUCCCAAUGCCAACCCAUUGUUUUCAAAUCCACCUAACAGUAAAUUAUCUCAUGUGUUCUGAGAACCUUUGCUUUUUUUUCUUCAAAAACAACACAUUUCAGAGUUGGAUCUUUCUCCUAAAUACAUGGUUGCUGUUGACUGCAAAAUCUACUGUAAUUUGUCCAGAGACAGUUUGCUGUUGCAUUAACACAAGCUACUAAAUGAACAAGAAAGGGUCCACACAAUCUAUUUUUUUUAUAUAUAUAUAUAUAUAUAUAUAUAUAUAUAUAUAUAUAUAGCCUUUUCCAAUCUGGUUAGUCAAAUUUAAGGUUUUGAAUUUAUUGUGGUGUCUUAAGUUUCCAUACCGUGCUCAAGUUGCAGAAAGAGGAUCCCUGCAUACGUAUUUGUCACUACUGUGCUUGCUUCAUAGCAAUUCCCAGGGGACAAUGAAUACAAUGUCACACAUUGAUUUAUAAAUUGAAACAUCUUGGUUAAUCGUGCCUACAUUUCUGGGAGAUUACUGCGUUAUAGUUUACGUUCCUGAUAAUCAGAAGAAACACACAGGCAAGAGAUUUUUCUUAAAUGAGCAUCAACCCCACUGAAAAUCCCCCCCAGGUGUCCCUCUGGAUUUAGCCUAUUGGAAAUUGAUUGUAACCUUCAAACAAUGUCAAUGUCUGUACUAGAAAUAGUCAUAUUUUCUAAGAAUUUUAAUGCCAGCUGGUCCUGAGCUCAAAACAACUGCCAAAUCACUCCUUUCCCUCGUCAUAUGAUUUGUUUCCUGAAGGUGGUUUUCUGUCUGCAUUCCUUUGUCUGUGCAAAUCUUGUAUUUAACGGGAGCAAGGUCAGUCAUAUCAUAAAGACCCCAGUGAACGAAGGCUUCAAUAUAACUUCUAUGCUUUGACUGGAUCUAACAAAUAUCAUGGUUAAUUUCUUGCCUUCGUCUAUGAACUGUAUGUACGUUCUGAUCAGCAAUAUCAUUCCUGUGUCAAUACUGUGGCCUGUGUGAUAGAGAAGUCCCAGUCGUGUUUUGAAUGAGGCCAAAGUGUAUGUACUGUAUCUUUGUGUGUAUUGAGUCUUGUAUUCUCUGUUGAUUUAAUGACUAGUAGUGCUGUGUUGAUGCUGCAGGUCUGAGGCCUUCUGGUUGGUUGGUGGUGGGAUCCUUAGGCUGUUACGGUUGGCUCUUUUCACAUAAUGUUGAAAAUAAAAAAUAAAUCAACGUGA